GAGCGUGUGUGUGGAGAGGGGAGGGUAUCUGUGCAGCCCUGCCCUGUCCUUGUUCCGUGUCUGCAGUGCAGCUGGAUUGAGACCCUUCAGUCCUUCCAUUCUUCUUCCAGUGUGGUCGAGAGAGCAACUCAACCUGGAAAAGACGAUGCUGCGGAUCCUGCUUCACAUCUGCUUCUGUCAUCUUUUUGGGAAACAGAACAUAGUUCCUGUAGCAGAGAGUGCUUAUGUGCGGCUGGUGGAUGGCACUAGUUGCUGCUCUGGGAGAGUGGAGGUUUAUCACGAUGGCCAGUGGGGGACAGUGUGUGACAAUUACUGGGACAUGACAGACGCCCAGGUUGUGUGCAGGGAGCUGGGCUGUGGCUCCGCUGUGUCUGCUCCUGGCAACGCCCACUUCGGACAGGGGAGUGGAAAAAUCUGGCUGGAUGAUGUAGCGUGCAGUGGAUCAGAGAGCACACUGCACAGCUGUAGAUCACGAGGAUGGGGGAAACACAACUGCGGUCGUGGGAAAGAUGCUGGAGUGGUUUGCACAGCAUCGCCCAGUGCUAAUGUGAGGCUGAUGAACGGGAAUAGUUGCUGCUCUGGGAGAGUGGAGGUUUAUCGCAGUGGCCAGUGGGGCACUGUGUGUGACGAUUACUGGGACACGACAGACGCCCAGGUUGUGUGCAGGGAGCUGGGCUGUGGCUACGCUGUGUCUGCUCCUGGCAACGCCCACUUCGGACAGGGGAGUGGAACAAUCUGGAUGGACAGUGUAGCGUGCCACGGAUCAGAGACCACACUGCUCAGCUGUGGAUCACGAGGAUGGGGAACACAAGGCUGUGCUCACAGUGAGGAUGCUGGAGUGGUUUGUUCUGGGAGAUCGAGGCUAGCCGAUGGAGGCGGUCGCUGUGCUGGAAGAGUGGAGAUUCAGUACAGGGGAGCGUGGGGCUCUGUCUGUAGUGAUUCCUGGGGAUUGGAGGAUGGGGAUGUGGUGUGCAGAGAGCUGGGGUGUGGGGAUGCAGUGUCAGCCCCUCGUGGAGCUGUGUAUGGGGUGGGGAGCGGAGCGAUCUUCCUGGAUAACGUGGACUGCACUGGGAAUGAAACAAUGCUCCAUUACUGUGGAUCCAGAGAGUUGAAGAUACACAACUGUGCUGAUAACCAGGAUGCUUCAGUUAUCUGCUUCGAUGCAGGUGUGAUGACAAAGCCAUCAGUCUUCUUGCAGUCCAGUUACGCUUCAUUUCAACCUGGUGAAAAUGUCAGUCUAGUAUGCACUGCUCCCUCCAGACUCUACACAAGCAUGGAUUUCUAUUUGUACAAAAGGGGCUCUGGAAACUACAGCUGCAAAGAGAGUGCUGCGUCUCCACAGAGCAGCGUCACUUUCACUGUGCCCGUCAUCUCUGAGGCACAGCAGGGGAGCUACAGCUGUGUGUAUAAAGUGCAGGGGAGAACAAAGAGCUUCAGCUCCCCUCAUAGUGACCCUGUAUACAUCAUAGUGGUGGAUCUGAAGCCGCCAGAUAUCUCUCUCAACCAGGCUGCUGGUGCUGUUACAAGAGGAGCCAGUUUUGAUAUCACCUGCAGCUCUGCACAGCAGCACACAGAGGGAAUCUUCCACCUCUUCAGACUCCCUGCAGGGUUCAAUGAGAGCUGGAGUCUGUCUGCACCAGCCAGCAAGCAGACUGCCCUGUUCAGCUUCCAUGCUGCAGACUCCGCACACGAGGGCAAUUACUCCUGCCAGUAUCAGAGCCGGGUAUCAGGGAGAGAGUUUGAAUCCCCAAUGAGCGAACCACUUUGCAUCACACUCAGAGAGUCGGUCCUGGUUCCAGUGGUAGCUGCUGUCAGUGUGACUACACUGCUGCUGCUGGUUCUUAUCCUCAUGCUCCUGAGAUGUAAAAAGAAAAGGACAGAGCACAGCAAGAAGGAAGUGAGCUUUGCAGAUAUGCGGAAUACAUACGCCUCACAACGAACUGGUGCUCUUGCAUCAGAAGAGGAGAGUGACUUGGUCUACGAGAAUACCGACUUCAGUGAGCCUGACUAUGGGAUCCCAAAGGGCUCUGCAGAAGGAGAUGAAGAUUGCAUUUAUGAAAAUUUUGGCUGAACGAGAGGGGUGUGUUUCAGACUCCCCCUAGGAGUCUCACUAAGCUGUGCUUCCCCUUCUUAUAAACAGUAUAAAUGAAUCAGACACCACUGACAUCCUUAACAAUAUCCAGUGAGGUACUCCUACCGUGGGCAUUUUCAUAUCUGACCCCUCUACUAACUGAUGGACCGCUGGUCCAAAACAGUAAAUUCAGCUCUUAGCAGUACAGAAUGGGUUCAGGUGUCGAUAAAAACGAAAGCAUGUUUGGGAAUUCAGUUUCCCUUUUUCCACGCUUUCACUGCAUAUAAAACAAACUGCCCAGUUCAACCACGUUCAGUAAAAUAAAACAAGGGAUUGUGUCAUCACUGUACCACGACAAAAGCUGAAACAAGAUGUGUUUGCCAAUCUCCAAAGCCAGAUUAUGUUUUUGCGUGUGUGUGUGUGUGUGUGUGUGUGUGUUUU